GGUGUGGCUAACGCGUUAGCGCUGUCUUGUUUACUUUCGCCAAGUUGCCACUUAACCAUCUUUUUGGUUUGUUUUACGGGUAUCUACCUAAAGGAGCCAAUGGUCCAUGCAGUGGGUGGUGUUUGUAAAUACAUUAUGUUUGCUGUUGUGGAGCUUUUAGGACUACAAACGGCCUCCUUGUUGCAGAAAGCUGGCUGUACUGGGGUACAGUUGCGUAAUCGAUUAACGCUUGUUGAUUCGGUUACUGUUUACUUUGUGUGGCAAGUGCAUGGAAAUUGCACCGAAAACAGAAAGUUUUUAUCAGUAUUUACUGUUUACUAAAGAAAUAUAUGGAUGAGGAAAAGCGAAAAACCACAGAGACGGUUCAUGGUGAAGGGGGAACGGGGUCGUGGGCGCAGCAGCCUAAGCAGAUGAGCCCACAUCUCCUCAUCAGCUCAUCUAGGCCUGAGAGCACCGAGAUAUUCCCAAGGCAGCUGAGAGAUGUCCCCCAGGGCAUCCUUUUAACUUUCAGUAGGACAUGCGUGGAAAACCUCUCCCAGAAGGCAUUCUGAACCACCUAAGCUGUCUCAUUUCGAUGUGGAUGAGGCUCUAUUCUGAGUACCUCCUGAUCUUUUGGUCACUAUCCAGAGCUCGUGACCAUAGAUUUUAGACUCACCUUCCAAGAACAGUUACAUUGGAAGCUACUACCAGCCACCAGACAGGAUAGUGAAACCUUCACGAGAGCCGGAGCCCCAUGCACACUCUUCUAUCAGCAUGGGCACACACAUGGCCAGCAGCUCAGUUUCCCAGAGGAGACCAAAUAUUGAUAGCAAAGCCGUGGUUGAUGCACUGAAGACCCUUCAGGAGAAAAUUAGGCGGCUGGAGCUGGAAAGGACGCAAGCAGAGAAGAGCUACCAGCAGUUUUCCCAUGAUGCUCAAAAGCAUCCACAAGUUACAACAUUGUACAGUCAGACAGCAGCCAGCCUGCCUGGGACGGAUAACUCUGCCAGGAGAGAACUGGACUCAAAACUGCAGUCUGCAGAAGCUCGCUGUAAGGUUCUCGAGAAGCAGCUGGACUACAUGAGGAAAAUGGUUGAAAAUGCCAAAAAGGAGAGGAGCGCUCUAAUGGAAAAUCAGGCUUCUCUGCAGAGCGAGCAAAAGAGCAGCUCAAACAGCCAAAUUCAGCGAGAGAAGCUGGAAAAACUCGAGUCAGAGUGUCUCAAACUGAGCAGAACCCAAACUCUGGCAGAGAUGAAGCUUUCCAUCCUGGAGCAGAAACUGCUGAAAGAAGAGCACGAGCGUAAACUCGUGCAGGAGAAGGCGGAGGAGCUGCAACGAGAGUUUGAUGUCAGCCUUCGACCAUCUCUGCCAACUUCUGAAGAGACAAAGCCAAAGAAGAAAACAAAAAAGAGCAUAAGGAAAACCUCUAAACCUGCCGAACUGCUACCAAAGAGCCCGAUGCACAAGAAAAUGCCCUUUGUUGCAGGAACAUCGACGAGCCCAAGCCAUUCGGUUCAUGCCAACGUGCAAAGUAUCCUUCACAUGAUGAAGCACCACCAGCCACAGCUGUGCCAGCGAGUGAGUGCACACCACAGGUCUGGCUGCGGAGUGAAGAAAAACCUCCAAAAGGACUUUUCUUCAUCUUCCUCUGAUUCAUCAGAGAAGCCUAACAGGCUGCCCGUCGACCCAUCGCUAAGCUCACUUGCCGACCUGCUCCUGGCUCUGCAGGACGAGCUGGGACAGAUGAGCUUUGAGCAUCAGGAGUUGGUGCGUCAGAUCGAUGGAGCUCAAAAUCCGGAGCAGAGGCAGGACCUCCAGAGAGAAUUGGAGCUGCUGGUCACCAGGAUGGAGGAUAAAGGAUCUCAGAUCACCAAGCUCCGCAAACACCAGAGGAUGAUCCAAAAACUGGCCCAGUGCCGAUCAUCUCCUGAGGAGCACACAGCCAAAAGGCUGAGUGGGAUCAAGCCACCUGCUCCUUCUCCCGUUAAGACUGAAAAGAAGGGAAGGACAGAUAGGACUACUCAAAAAAACCUGCAGCUUCUCAGAGAGACACAGAAGUUCAGAAACAGCCUCAAACAGGACGACCUCUCCUGGGAAACGUGAUUUUUCUCAGUGAGACCUUCGGCGUGCAGACCUGGAUGUUACAGCUGGAUGAUGUGUGGGGUUUUUUGUUUGUUUGUUUGUUUGUUUUUUCUCUGCUCUUCAGACGACCUCUGGACAUUUUUAGUAACAAAUUGGAGAGGAAAUAAGGCAUUCUACACAGUGCUUAUUAAAUAAAGUAUUGCACAUACACUGUCCUUCAUAGGGUGUAGUUUGUGAACCAUGAUCUUAACCCAAUUUAAAAGUAAUGUUAAUGAGUCAUGUGCCAUAAGGAGCUAAUGAGCUGGAUUAAAUAACUUUUAUGUAAUCAUAGUUGUUUAUUUUUAAUAAAGGCUAUUGUUUCUACA